AUGUGGAGAUCCAUAACACGUGGUGGGAAGAAGCAGAUAUGCAACUAUUUUCAGGGCAGAGAGCCAGUCGAGCAGACACACAAAAAAACAGAAAACAAAAAAACAUACAACAGCCAGGAUUCGCAUGUGGUCACCCACCAUACUACUAACUGGCCGGCGUGUGGCUUAAGUACGGCUGAGCGGACGGGAAGCCCUGUUCUCCACACCCUAUGGUCGUAUGUGUUUGAAAGUGCUUUUGAAUGGAUAAUACCUUUCUGA